AGCUUUAAACGGAAGUGACGUCAACUGGUUUCCGGUAAAAGCUAUGUCUGUGCUGAGAUGAGAAGAUGGAGAGAAAUGAAAAUAAUAUUUCUUUUAUUUUCACGUUUCUAGUUUAUUCCAAGUUUCUUCGACAAACCCCUCCCAACAACUGUUUAUUCUGGAAUAUCUGAGAAAAAAAGGAAAAACAAGAACCUGUUUCAUAAAGUCACAUUAAAUCAUGAACUUGGAACUUUUACAAUCAUUUGGACAAAAUCAUCCUGAGGAGUUUGAUGGUGCUUUGGAUUGCGUGAGCAUCGCUGUAACAUGUGUGUUCAACCGGCAAGGAACCAUUUUGGCCGUUGGUUGCAACGAUGGCCGCAUUGUUUUGUGGGACUUCUUGACGAGAGGAAUAGCUAAGGUUAUCAAUGCUCACGUUCAUCCUGUCUGUUCACUGAGUGUAAACAGGAAUGGCCACAAGUUACUUAGUGCUGCCACAGACAACACUGUUUCAAUCUGGGAUGUACAGAGUGGAGAAUGUGAUCGAACAUACCGCUUUCCAUCUCCUGUAUUAAAAGUACAGUUUCAUCCUAGAAAUAGUGAUGUCUUUAUAGUGUGCCCUCUGAAACAUGCUGUUGUUAAAAUGGAUUUUAAUUCACAUUCUAUUGUGCCACUCGAUGAUGAGUCUGAUCUAAACAUUGUUGCAUCUUUUGACAGACGAGGGAAACAUAUCUACACAGGAAAUGCAAAGGGCAGGAUUCUUGUCUUCACCAUAGAAGACCUUGAAUUAGUAGCUUCAUUCCGAGUGACAACAGGAACCUUGAACACAACAGCCAUAAAGUCAAUUGAAUUUGCUCGCCGUGGCGAUUGUUUCCUUGUCAAUUCGGCCGAUCGUAUCAUCCGUGUGUAUGAAAGUGGAGAAGUUUUAGCUUGUGGUAAAGAUGGUGAACCAGAACCUAUACAGAAACUACAAGAUCUUGUGAACAGAACUAUGUGGAAGAAAUGCUGUUUUUCUGGUGAUGGCGAAUACAUUGUAGCUGGCUCUGCUCGCCAGCACUCUCUUUAUAUCUGGGAAAAGGGUGUUGGUAACUUAGUGAAGAUUCUUCAUGGUACAAAAGGAGAACUUCUCUUAGAUGUUGUGUGGCAUCCUGUACGUCCAAUCAUAGCUUCCAUCUCAAGUGGAGUUGUGUCAGUGUGGGCCCAAAAUCAAGUGGAAAACUGGAGUGCAUUUGCUCCCGAUUUUAAGGAAUUAGAUGAAAAUGUUGAAUAUGAGGAACGAGAAUCUGAGUUUGACAUUGAGGAUGAAGAUAAAGAGAAAGAAGAAACGAAAGGACCUGAUGAAGAAGAUGAAGAAGUUGAUGUAACCAGUAUUGAACCAAUUCGAGCCUUUGUCAGUAGCGAUGAAGAAGCUGAAGAUGAAAAUGCUUUAAUGUACCUUCCUGUCUCGCCAGAAAUUGAUGAUCCUGAAGAAGGAUGGCCGUUAGGAUCAGAAAUGGGUCCAGAAGAUACAAUGAAAGACCCAAAAGACAAAGAAUUUUCUGAUGAAGCUUCUUCUCCUAAGAAACGGAAGACAAAGUCUGUCGACAUUGACCUGCCUGAUGCUCCAACUGAUGAGAUUCAUCCCUUCUUAAAUGUGAAGAAACCCCAAGAUAAAUCGCAACAGAAAAAAGGUAGUCGUUCAAAACAACGGCAGGGAAAACCUGAUAAAAAUCGAGGUAAAGACAAACAUUCUGGUAAACACAAAGAGAACAGUGAAUCAGAUCAGAAGGAAAAUAUUGGACGGAAGAUGAGGUAUACCAACGAUGAUGUCUAGGCUCUCAUUUCUGGUUGUUGACCAAUUAUUUAAAUCGGACCAAAACCCUCUUAUCCAUCAACAUCGAUCUGCCUGAAUAGCUGUAUGCAUCAUUUGGAAUUUAGACCCUACAUGACAGAGAACAGCUUAUUUUCAACAAUUCUCUAUUUUUUAUAUACAUAUCCAUUUGAACCCCAACUCCAUAUAUUCAUUUUUCAAAUAGUCGUUGCUAGAUAAUACAAACCGAGUGGAUUAAGACUACUAGUUUAAUAUAAUAGAUAUAGUCUGUGUCUACACUUUCAUUAUUCACAAUGGAUUGGGAUGUCAACACAUUUACAUUAAAUUUAUUUUCUUCCAUCUAUAAAAUAGACCAAUACAUUUGAAAAUCUUAACUUAUACAUAAUGCAUAGCUUUAGAUGUAGCUAUGUAUAUAUAUAUAUAUAUGUAUAUGUGUAUAUAUAUA